GGCUUCAACAUAAAGAGCGUCCACUCGCACGGCUUCAAGCUAAAUGUCUGGGAUAUCGGGGGGCAGCGCUCCAUCCGCCCGUAUUGGAGGAAGUAUCUGGGCAGCACAGACCUGCUGAUUUAUGUCAUUGACAGCGCAGACCAGAAGCGUUUCGAGGAGACCGGGCAGGAGCUAGCAGAGCUUACCGAGGAGGAGUCCCUCAUGGGGGUCCCGCUGCUGGUGUUUGCCAACAAGCAGGACCUGGUGACUGCAGCACCCGCAGCCGAAAUCGCGGAAGGGCUGAGCCUCCACACCUACCGGGACCGGGAAUGGCAGAUCCAGGCCUGCUCAGCCUUGUCGGGGGAAGGAGUGCAGGAUGGGAUGAACUGGAUUUCCAGCCAGAUCAUGAACAGGAAGAAGUGA